GCAGAGAGUCGUCGGGAUCGGAUGCCAGCAAUUCGCUCUCCGAUGCUGCGAUGGACAUCUCAUCCUCAUCACGCAUCGUGUCUGACUGCGUGAAGGAGGACACUGACGGUGUGGCACCGCCAGCUGGGGAACAAUGAGGCGAGCGAGACGGGGUGCGAGCGGUCCGCGAGCACUUGGCUGACGGAUUAGCGCUUGCAGAAAUCCCCAUAUCACCCUCGCCGCUCGCCUUGGCGAACGGAAUGGCCUUAGCCAUCCUCGUCACAGCCCGGGAAGCAUGCGAUGUGGUGGCUGAUUCUCGGGAGAAAACAGCCACCCGUGACCGCAACGUCUCUAUGACCAUCUGCCCGCAGUGCGGGCAAGAUGAGUCCACGAAGGCUGUCUCAGCGUGUUGGACCCCCAAACACCUGACACAGACAUCGUGAUUGUCCCCAUCCUCGAUGAGGACACUGCACCCAAGAGAACAGCGGGACAUGCCACGCUGGAGAAAUUAGCUCUUUAGAAUGCAGACGGUGAGUCACCGUCUGCAGGCUCGAACACCUCUGGAACCGCCGAGACGCCCAGGGGAAGUCGCUGCAGGAAGGGACAGUCCGCUGCACCACGUCGUAGAACCGGCAAUGUAGAGCUUUUGCUAAGCAGCAAGAGAAGAUCUUCAUAACCGAAGGCUCCGAAGAACAAAAGCUGUGGGAACAAAGUUGCUCUAUAGAGGAAGUCAAUUGCCUGUCUUUGGUAACUGGUCCUCAGAAGUCCCUCAUCGAGAGCCUACAGCAGUACUUUGUAACAUCUCAGUUAGAGUGCCGCUGUGACAAGUGCAAGGGGACCCAAGCCUCUGAAAGUGUGGAGAUCCAGACGCUCCCAGGGUCCUGGUUCUUCUCAUGAUGAGGUUUGACAUGUUCACAGCGAUAAAGAUCAAAGGCCGUCUGGCAGUGCCUGAAGAGCUCAGUCUGGCCAGCUUCACAGGGUCAGACAGCUGUGAGCAGGCAGCAGAUUUAUACAGCAAGGAAGCUACCCAGCAGGCACAUAUCAAAACAAAUGCAAAACAACAGCAGGCCGACGCAUCCUAUAAGCUCAGCGGGGUUGUGUCUCAUUAUGGUUCAAGUCUGCAUUCUGGUCACUACGUCAACAACAUUCUUGAUCCUUGUGGAGCUGAAUGGCUUAGCUGUGAUGACAACACUGUGAAAUCCGUCAUGUGGUCAAAAGCAUUCAACAAUCAUGGAUACAUGUUUUUCUAUUUGAAGAGCUGAAGAAAAGAAACAGCUCCAUAAUUUCAGAUCUUUUAUAGGUGAGUAUUUUGUCUCAGAAACAACUGACAGAACAAGUACAAUUGUAAAUGUACGAUCUCAGGCAGCUGCUUAUGUUUCAGCAUCAGCUAUUUAGACCCUUUUCACACUUCCACCUUUAACCAAUGAUGACGUCCUUCACAUCCGGAAGGGUCACAUUUAUGAAAAGGGUCGAUUACUUCUGAAGAACAGCUGCAAUGCUCUACAACAAAGAAUUAUUUUAUUAUUAUCUACAAAACAUUUGUCAGGAUUUAGGCCCCAUCAUAACACAGAAACAGUGCUUGUUAAAAUUACAAAUGACUUACUCCUAGUAUUAGAUCAACUAUUAGUUCUUACUGCUGUGUUCAACACAAUGUGCCUUUUAAUGACACAAAAUGCUGUGAGGAAUGAUGACACAAGCAAAAGUUCCUAAUAUUUUCAUAUUAAAAGAAAGAUGUUAAUGACAAUUAAACAUUUGAAUUGAUUCGGAUGAACCAAUGUUUCAAUGAGUCAUUCCUCGUUCUUGAAUGAAUCAGCCGAUUUGAAGUUUUUUUGUGUGAACUAUCCUUUUAAAGACACGUCACUUUAGCCAAGCUUUCACUUGCAUCUCAAUCCCUGUGUUCCAGUUAUAUCAGGUCAAACACAAAUGAUUACUUUGGCCUGAAAUAAAAUGUUAUGAACAGCAGCUACGCUAAUUUUUCUCUCUUCUGUUCCUACCUUGGGAUGCCCAUCCUGAGGUAACUAGAGACAAUGACGGCUCAAGUUUAGAUCCAGCCUACUGUGAAGACUUCAGGUGACUCAACACUUGUGAAGAGAUGACAUCAAUCCAUGCAAGGACAUCAGAAACAUCAGCUGGAUCUGGAUCGUCAAUUUAAAAAAGUCCUACAAAAGGUUAUUCAUAGAGAUGCCAUAGAACUAUUUUCUACUACAAAGGACCUUUUGUGAAACAGAAAGCUUCUUUGGAUGAUUGAGAAAAGAAAAAGAAAAGAAAAAG